CACUUUGUGUACUCAUUGGCUGGCUUGGUUCUAAAAGGGAUUUUAAAAAGGAGAAUAAUUUGCCUUUGCCUGGGAUUUGAGACUGUGAGAGUGCUGAAAGGCUCAUCUCUCGGCUGCCCACAAUGCAGAUCUCUCGGGCUGCUUGCUCUGUCUGUGUCCUGAUCCAAAUUGCCUUUCGCUUAGUGGAAGGAUGGCAAGUUUUUAAGAACGAUGCUACAGAAAUCAUCCCAGAACUCACUGAAAAUACGGAAACACCAAUGGAGCAGGCUUACAGCAACAAUAACAACACAAUGAACCAGGCAAAACAUGGGGGAAGACACCCACAGCAGUCUCUGGACCCUAAUGAUGCCUCAGAUUUUAGCUGCAGAGAGCUGCGCACCACCCAUUAUGUCACUGAUGGGGCCUGCCGCAGCAUCAAACCCAUCAAGGAGCUAGUCUGCUCAGGCCAGUGUGUCCCCUCCCACCUCCUCCCUAACUCCAUUGGUAGAGGAAAAUGGUGGCGCCAAAAUGCUUUGGAUUACCGCUGCAUUCCUGCACACACUCGCACUCAGCGCAUACAGCUGGCCUGUCCCGGGGAGGAGACUCGGACUUACAAAUUCCGAGCUGUCACCGCAUGCAAAUGUAAACGCUACACUCGCUACCACAACCAGUCUGAGCUCAAGGACUUUGGGAAGGAAACCAUCAGGCCUCAGAAGAACAAGAAGCCUCGUCUCUCCCGAGCCAGGAGUAGCAAAUCCAACCAACCUGAGCUAGAAAAUGCAUAUUAGAAGGCCCUCUCUGAGAUAUACAGCCCAGCAGCUCUGGAUAGUUUGCAUGACACCACAUGUCACAGACAGACAGGCCAGAAUGAGGUACUGACUGCAGUGGAAUCCAGUUCCUCCUACAACGUUGGGUCAAGGGCUCACUUAGAUUCUAACAGCCAUGGUCUGAUGACAGAAUUAAGAUAAAUUGAGCUGGUCGUAGCAGCACCUAAAUUCAGUCUGAGAGUAGAGUUACUCUUGGAAUUUGCAUGGGUUGUUGUGGUUUGUUCAUUGAGAAAGGCAGAGGAAAACAAAGAUAACAUGAUGUCUGUAGCAUGUGUUACACUUUGUGAGAGGUCAUUAUCUCCACUUUAUGUGAACAAAGCAUCAAAAGACAUUUAAACUAUUUCAGGCACUGUCAUGCAGGGCAAGAAGACUAGGGAAGCAAAAGGUGCAGAGUCAACACUCCUUGACACAGUUUUAGGAAGUAGCAGUAGUAAGCUAAGUAAAUUAAAUAUUUAGUGAAAUAGUCAAGCUUUGAGAAAGUCCCGAUAGAUUUCUUUAUGUCUCCAAUCAUCUCUUUAAGCCUGAGAGAUGGAACAUGAAACUUGUGAUCCCAACUCCAAUCCACGGAACAUGACUGCAAUCCAUUUAAUACCUUUAUUAUUAGACUACAGCAGAGUCAAUUGAUUCAAGGUUGAGAUCUGAUAUCAUCAGCUAUGUUUUAGGAACAAUCAAACCAAUUCUGCUAGGAAAGAGCAGGGUGGUGGAGGUAACCCAGCAAAGACUCCUGCCAACCCAAAUAAUUCUAUGGUAUUUCUCCUCUAAACAGAUACAUAUAGUGAUGCAUAUUUUUGUACAGUUUUUUUUUCAAACUACUUCUACCACAGUUGAGUAAGUUACAGUGAGGUCCAAAGGGAAGAAAACUGUAAACAAUUUUCCUUACUCCCCUUCACAGCAACCGGAGUGAAACAUCAAAGCUGAGAUAUCAAUGUAUGCCCUUUUUUCUGAAAAGUAUUGAUCCUCUAGACAUAUACUCUGUAUGCUGAGACUGGGUAUGGCAGGGCCUAAGGAUAAAGUACUGGUUCCCCAUUGGAGUGAUCUUUCACUAAUUUGAAAGCCAGUGAAUUCCUUCUGAGAAGUCUAUAGUAUACUCAGUUUAGUUUGAUAGUGUCUUUCCUUUAAAUAGCUUCACAUCAUUCAUACAUGUUUGUGUUUUUACAUUACAGAGCAUUAUUGGAAAGGUAAUAUUCAUGUGCUGUACAUAUGCUAUAGAAUUACAGACCAUAGUAUUACGUAAUUCAAAAUCUGGGUGGAAAACAGGUCCUCAUCGUUCUUCUUUUCUGUGUAGAAUUUAUACUAAAAUCAUAUAAGAUGUGACAUUUUGCAGCAUUGGUAGAUUUUGCAAUUAUUCUAAAUGGGACCAGAAUCUGAAAAGAAAAGCUAUCAUUUCGAAGAGUAAAUUACAUAUUUAUUUUCUCACAUAAAUUAUUUAUGCAAAUGUGUUUUUCUUGUAGAGAAUGAGUAAUACUACUUAUUAAAUAUUAAUCUGUUAUUUCAGAUUUUAAAUAUAUUGUUAAUAAAGUAGUGACAAUGAAUAAUUACAAGAAAGACUUAUUUGGUUUUUUAAAAGACAGUGCAAGGCUGGCCUGCUG